AUGAUCAAGAAAUAUUUGAAGCAUGUCACUCCGAAAGGAUCAACAAACGAGAUGUUUGAAAGCGUCCAAAAGAUUUCUCAAAUUUUGAAGAGAGACUCGGCGAUAAAAGAGUUAAUUUACAAAGGUCCGAUGCUGAAUCAAUUUAGGAAAAAAGUAGCUGAUGCAGAAAAGGCGGCAGAGGGCUGCAUUCUCUUCAAAAUAAUUGACUCUUCAUCGGCCACGAGCACAAUUGACUCCCCACAAGAAGACGAAUAUACUGUUGCUCAAACUUUCAUUGCAGAAUCUCCAUCCGAAGUGACAAUAACGAAGGGAGAAACGGUAAAGUGCCUGUUUAAAAAUGAGUCUGGCUGGUGGUUCCUCGAAAACCAGGCGGGCGAUGCUGGAUGGUCACCUGCUUCUUAUUUGGCAAUUAACGAUGAUAUCGGUACAAGAAAUCGACUUUCAAAAGACAUCGGAAGUACUUUUAUUAUGACCGAGUCUCACAUCGCUCCAUUUUUCAAUACAAAAGAGCUGACUGUUCCAAAAGGAUCCCUGGUGAAAAUCCUUCAGGUGUCUGAAUUCGGCUGGUGGACAGUAACGUACUCUGGAACUAUUGGAAUCGUUCCAAGACAAAAAAUGCGAAAAUAUAUUUUCUGA